CUGCCUGCUCAGCCUGAUUUCUCCUCCUCUCCCUCCUCCUCUUCCUCGUUUCUCACUGCAUCUCAUCUGUACCACCUGCCACGGCGGCGACGCAGCGAUGGGGGGCUGCUGCAAAUUCAUGUAAGCCAACCUCACGAAAGAAGAUCACAGUUGAGAGAGAGAAAGAAGAGAGACACAAGCACAGAUAUAAAGAAGGAGACGCGGAGGAAAGACGAGCAGCGGAGAGUUGACCCAAGUGGAACCAGAAACAUAUGGUUUGUGUGAAGAGCGACUGCUGAACAGGGCUGAAACUUAUUCAACCUCCGUGGUCACCAAAGAGGCACAAUUAAUUCGAAGACAUGUCUGGACAGAGUGUGACCAUCCCGGACGACCGGGCAUUUGCCAGCUUCAAGGCGGAGUGUCUGUGCGAGGAGGGCUGGACUCUGAACUACAGCAAGCGAGGUAUCACGGUGUGGAGCCAGGAUCUGGAGGAGGGGAAGUCCGUGCACAAAAUGAAGUGUCAGAUGGUGUGUAAGGACGUGUCAGCUGAGACCAUGUAUGACGUCCUACAUGACAUUGAAUACAGAAGGAAAUGGGACACGAACGUCAUCGAGACCUUCGAUAUCGGGAAACUUACGGUCAAUGCGGAUGUUGGUUACUACUCAUGGAGAUGUCCGAAACCUCUUCGGAACCGCGAUGUCAUCACACUUCGUUCCUGGUUGCCAAUAGGGAAAGACUACAUCAUCAUGAACUACUCUGUCAAACAUUCUAAAUACCCUCCUAAAAAGGACAUGGUGCGAGCUGUGUCUAUUCAGACUGGCUACAUGAUCCAGUUCCAGGGACCCAACCACUGUAUCCUCACUUACAUGGCGCAGGUAGACCCACGAGGUUCAUUACCCAAGUGGGUCGUCAACAGGUCUUCCCACCUCCUUGCUCCUCGCGCGAUGAAGAAGAUCAACAAAGCCUGUCUGAAGUAUUCAGAGUGGAAGCAGAGACACAACCCUGCCUUCAAGCCCUGGCUCUACCCCGAACAGACUUCAUUACCCAGCAUCCCUCUCUCUGAGCUCAGCGUCCAGCGUGCUGAGAGCCUGGAGAAUAUUGAUGAGAGCUCCCUGGCUGAGACCCAGGAGAGAGAAGACAGCGACUAACGCAAACACACAUAAACACACACACACACACACAUCAUCACCUCACCACAUACACAAGCAAACAGUAAUGCAGGGUUACAUGCAUGCCUGACACACAUCCAUAUUUAAACAUAUGUAUAUUUGAUUCUACAUGUAAUUAUGUGCGUGUAUAUACAGGCACACACAUACUUGCAUGCAUACUGUACAUGCAAUUGCAUAUGCAGGCAUGCACAGCCAAACUCAUACUUGACCUACUCCCUCUCAUACUUCCAGCUUGGACAAACUGACUACGUGAACAGCGCGUGCGUGUUGCGCGUGUCACAUGCGGUGCCUUAUUUAAAGAUUGGGGCAUCUUGCCUAUUUUGUGUGAAACAGAACUGAAAAUAAUCUGUGGAUAGUUAUAUUAACCUACCAGCUAAAGUUUCAGUGUCUGUGUCUGCUGAAUAUGCUGCAGACAUGAAACGGGGCAGAAUUUUCUCUCCCUCUCUCUGAAUGAGGGCGAUCAAAAGUCAUGUCUUCUUUAUUGAUUGAUCUGAUUCGUCAUCUAAGGAAAAGUAAGUGUAGAAGCAAUGUAGUAGCAAUGCUACCUGUGUGGAUACAGCAUCAGCUCAGCAAUGUAGCCGUCACGCGCCGUUCAUGCAGCCUGUUUGGCCCAGGUGCUGCACACACCAUGUAUGAACACACCACAUCGUCACAAGGGGCAGUGUAUUUUUUACAAAUCAGUAAACUGAUGCUGACUAUAAUCAGAAAAUGGACUGUAAAUGUAAUUUUUCAUGCUUGUUCAAAGGAUAUCAGACUUUUCUAAUUGCAUCCUAUGCAGAUUAUAAAAUAUAUUUUCAGUAAGAAUUACUGUUAACAUAUUUGCUUACUGACCCAACAAUCCAGUUUAGUAGUAAAACAGUUCAAUACAACUCCUAAUGCUUAUGUAUACAGUAAGUAGGUACUUGUAUACGAUUAUAGGCACACACCCCGUUCAUUGAUACAUUCAUUGUGUCUUUUUACCCAUGUUGUCUCUCUGUAACUCAUUAUGUGUUUCCAUCACAUUCUGUAAGCACAUGAUAAAUAUGCAGGUGUACAGAAGGCAGCUGGAACCCCCAAACCUGAAACCCUCACACACACACACACACAAAUUUUACACUCACAUGUACUGUCAUGCUCUGCUGUUUGAGAGAAGUAUGAAUGUAUGUAGUUUAAAAAAUUAAAUACAGAUUCCUAUAAAGGUUUUCAGAUUUCACUGUU